GUUCACGAUCAGUGCCAACGGGGGGCCGAAGUUCAACAACGUGGAGGCCAACAAGGUCGGGAACUACAACGUGCUGCUGCAGGGAUGCUCUUCUGCGCUCUACGACACCAGCUGCACUUGGGAGGAGUCGCAUGAGACCUUCCACCAUGCCUUCGCCGCCUUCCCCUGGGAGGUGCUGGAGUGCUUCUCUCCGCCGCCCCGGGUGUCCUUCUCCUGGCGGCACUGGGGCCAUUUCACCGGCAGCUAUGAAGGCCACCAGGGCUCCGGCGAGCUCGUGGAGAUGUAUGGCUUUGCAGUAGCAGAGGUGGACGAUCAGCUUCGACUGGUGGACGUGGAGGUCUACUACAAGGCGGACUCUUUCCUGGAGGUCAUGAAGGGUUUGAAGCCA